CAAGGUUGUGAACAUCAUCGUCUUACUCCUCAUCACCGUCUUAGCCUAGCAAUAACAUGGCAUCUGUGUUUGUCCUGCUCAUCGUGUUGAUCUUCCAGCAUCCUGCUGCAGGAUUCUUCUUCAAAAAGUUACACAAGUGUGAUGUUUCCCAGGUGCCUCAGUUCUCCCAGACAACUGUACAACUUCAGGAUAUUCAUAUAGUAAAUGAAGCGCUUAGAGCACCAAUAUACAAGCUAUCUGCAGUGCCCUUAACAAGCACAGUCCCUUAUACCACUUCAAGCCUCUUCCCUAUAAGAUCUGAAACCAGCAAAUUGCAGGUGACAGAGACGUACGUGAUAACGACCACUGUGGCUAUUCCUGUGUCUCGCAUUCUGAGCACCACCCUCUCUCUUACCACAACUCUUGUGAACUUUGCUACCGUUAUCAACACCAACCACUAUACUGUCUUCAAUACUGUUGAAGCAAAACAAACUUUGCUUCUAGCAACAACAAAUUAUGAAACGCUUUUAUCUGAUGCCAUUCACACUGUUUUUCAAACCCAAACAUCUACGGUGACGUGGACACAGACUCAGGAACUUACGGUGGAAAUGUUCUUGACUGUGGAAGAUACCAUUCCAGUUACAAGCACUUUAUAUGUUCCUGAGUAUAGCACCGUUACCAGCACUCGCACUCAGUUGAUCACUCAAACAGUCUGUCCUCUACAGUAAAUAGUGUUAGUCUUAA